AUGAUACCUCGGUCCCGUGUUGCCGGGCGUCUACUGGAACGCUCCGCUUCCCGAGCGAAUAAACUGCCGCCAGCGCCUACGUCGACCGCGUGGCCGCUGUUGUCACAGACGUCCCGUCACCACGUUUGCUCCCGCCGGCUGCCCGUCCUUCGCCCGCCAUUCGCUUCCGCCGUCUUCUCUACGAGCACGAGGCUAAGAAAGGAAAAGGAUGAUAAAGGAAAGGACAACUUUUUCGACUCGGCCGUCGAGCUACCUACCGAACCCCUAUCCGAGGAGGAGGUGAAGGCGAACUCGGAGCGGAAGAAAAAAGAAGCCCCAGAGGCUUGCGGCGCCGACUCGCCCGCCGCCGCCAAGACCGAAGGCGGUGCCCAGUCUCCGGAUGGCAAGGCCUCGGCAUCGUCGCCCGCCUCCGGCUCCGGCUCGGCGGCGGGAGGCGACGGCGGCGACGGUGGGAAGAAGGGUCGUAAGCCGGCGGAGAGGGCCCUCCAGAAACCCGUCGUGCCCGAAGUGUACCCGCAAGUGCUUGCCAUCCCCAUCGCGCGCCGGCCACUCUUCCCUGGUUUCUACAAGGCCAUCACCAUCAAGGACCCCGACGUCGCCACGGCCAUCACCGAGUCCAUCAAGCGCGGACAGCCCUACGUUGGAGCCUUCCUGUUCAAGGACGAAAACGAAGACCAAGACGUCAUCCGGAACGUCGACGAUGUCUACGACGUCGGUGUCUUUGCCCAAAUCACGAGCGCGUUCCCCAUACACGGCCAGGAAGGCGCCUUGACCGCCAUCCUAUACCCGCAUCGCCGAAUCCGACUCUCGAGCCUCGUGCCGCCCGGCGGUCACGACGCCAAGAAGGCGGACGAAACGCCGGAGCCCGAGGCGCCGCUGCCGAUACCCCAAAAGUCGGCCGAGGAGACGCAGCACGAGAGGAAGGGCGACGUCGUCGCCAGUUUCGAAGAGGGCGCCGUCGAGCGGAAGCCCGACCAGGUGGCGGAAAAGUACGAGCCGACGUCGUUCCUCAAGCGGUAUCCCGUGAGCCUCGUCAACGUGGAAAACCUGGUGGACAGUCCCUACGACCCAAAGAGCCCGGUGGUGCGCGCCGUGACCAACGAAAUCGUCAACGUCUUCAAGGAGGUUGCCACCAUGAACAACCUGUUCCGCGACCAAAUAUCCACCUUCUCCAUGAGCCAGUCCACCGGCAAUGUCACCUCCGAACCCGGCAAGCUCGCCGAUUUUGCCGCCGCCGUGUCGUCGGGUGAGCAGAAGGAACUGCAGGAGGUCUUGGCUUGCAUGAACGUCGAGGAGCGGAUGCAGAAAGCGCUCGUCGUCCUCAAGAAGGAGCUGAUGAACGCUCAGCUCCAGUCCAAGAUCACCAAGGACGUCGAAAACAAGAUAAGCAAACGUCAGCGCGAGUACUGGCUCAUGGAGCAGAUGAAGGGCAUUCGCCGCGAGCUCGGUCUGGAAUCCGACGGCAAGGACAAGCUCGUCGAGAAGUUCAAGGAGAAGGCGGCCAAGCUGGCCAUGCCCGAUGCCGUCCGCAAGGUUUUCGACGAGGAGCUCAACAAACUGGCCCAUCUGGAAACGGCCGCGUCCGAGUUCAACGUGACGCGAAACUACCUCGACUGGCUCACCCAGGUUCCUUGGGGCCAGCGGAGCGCCGAGAACUUUUCCAUCCCGCACGCGACCAAGGUUCUGAACGAGGACCACUACGGCCUGCAGGACGUCAAGGACCGCAUACUCGAGUUCAUCGCCGUGGGAAAGCUGCGCGGCACCGUCGAGGGCAAGAUACUCUGCUUCGUCGGCCCGCCGGGCGUCGGCAAGACGAGCAUCGGCAAGUCCAUCGCCCGAGCCCUCAAUCGACAGUACUACCGCUUCAGCGUCGGUGGCUUGACCGACGUGGCCGAGAUCAAGGGCCACCGAAGGACCUACGUUGGUGCCCUGCCCGGCCGCAUCAUCCAAGCGUUGAAGAAGUGUCAGACGGAAAACCCGCUCAUCCUGAUCGACGAGGUCGACAAGAUCGGACGAGGAUACCAGGGGGACCCGUCCUCGGCCCUGCUGGAGCUUCUCGACCCGGAACAGAACAGCUCGUUCCUGGAUCACUACAUGGAUGUGCCGGUGGAUCUGUCCAAGGUGCUCUUCGUGUGCACCGCCAACAUGACGGACACCAUCCCUAGGCCGUUGCUGGAUCGCAUGGAGUUGAUCACCCUGUCGGGUUACGUCGCGGAUGAGAAGAAGGCCAUCGCCAACACGUAUCUGGGCCCCGCCGCCAAGGAAGCGGCCGGCCUCAAGAAUGCAGACGUGAACCUCACGGACGAGGCGAUCGAGGAGCUGAUCAAGUCGUACUGUCGAGAAUCGGGUGUUCGCAACCUCAAGAAGCAGAUAGAAAAGGUCUAUCGAAAGUCGGCCCUCAAAAUCGUCAAGGAUCUGGGUGAGGAAGCCCUGCCCGAGGAAGAGGCCUUGACGGACGAAGGCAAGGCGGCGGUGGAAGAAGGCCACAAGAAGGCCGAGGAAGCCGCCAGCGGCUCCGUCGACGAUGGAAAGGGCUCGGCCGCGAGCGAGAUGGGCGAGGCAGAGACGACGGAGAAGCCGCGGAAGGCACUGGACGUUCCCGACAGCGUCCACGUCGAGAUUGGCAAGGACAACCUGACGGACUACAUCGGACCGCCCGUCUUCACCUCCGACCGUCUCUACGACGUCAGCCCGCCCGGUGUGUCGAUGGGCCUCGCUUGGACGCAGAUGGGCGGUGCCGCCAUGUACAUCGAAUCCAUCCUGCAGGCACCGUUGCGGCCGAGCACUCGACCCAGCUUGGAGAUCACGGGCAAUCUCAAGUCGGUCAUGAAGGAGUCGACGACCAUUGCCUACUCGUUCGCCAAGUCGUUCAUGGUCAAGCAAUUCCCCGACAACCACUUCUUCGACAAGGCCAAGAUGCACCUGCACGUGCCGGACGGGGCGGUGUCCAAGGACGGCCCCUCGGCGGGAAUCACCAUGGCUACCUCUCUCCUCUCGCUCGCGCUGGAGACACCCGUCAACCCCGCCAUGGCCAUGACGGGCGAGCUCACGCUGACCGGAAAGGUGCUGAGGAUCGGAGGCCUCAGGGAGAAGACGGUGGCGGCGCGCCGAGCAGGGUGCAAGACCAUCAUCUUCCCGGCCGACAACAUGUCGGACUGGCUGGAGCUGCCACAGAACAUCAAAGAGGGCAUCGAGGGCCACGCCGUCGGGUGGUACAGCGAGGUGUUUGACCUCGUCUUCCCGCACGUCGACCGCGAGCAGGCCAACAAGUGCAAGAUUUGCGAGUGGAAACUUCAGCAAAAGAAGGAGGCGCACGAGCGAUCCGAGGACGACGAUUAG